AUGAGGAGGAGCUGCGACAGGGAGCAGGAGGAGCAGGAGUCAGGAGGAGCAGGGGUCAGGAGGAGCAGAGGUCAGGAGGAGCUGGAGGAACAGGAGUCAGGAGGAGCAGGGAGCAGGAGGAGCAGGGGUCAGGAGGAGCAGGGGUCAGGAGGAGCAGAGGUCAGGAGGAGCAGGGGUCAGGAGGAGCAGGGGUCAAGAGGAGCUGGAGGAACAGGAGUCAGGAGGAGCAGGGAGCAGGAGGAGCAGGGGUCAGGAGGAGCAGGGGUCAGGAGGAGCAGAGGUCAGGAGGAGCAGGGGUCAGGAGGAGCUGGAGGAGCAGGAGUCAGGAGGAGCAGGGGUCAGGAGGAGCAGGGGUCAAGAGGAGCUGGAGGAACAGGAGUCAGGAGGAGCAGGGGUCAGGAGGAGCAGGGGUCAGGAGGAGCAGAGGUCAGGAGGAGCAGGGGUCAGGAGGAGCAGGGGUCAGGAGGAGCAGGGGUCAGGAGGAGCAGAGGUCAGGAGGAGCAGGAGGAACAGGGGUCAGGAGGAGCAGAGGUCAGGAGGAGCAGGGGUCAAGAGGAGCUGGAGGAACAGGAGUCAGGAGGAGCAGGGAGCAGGAGGAGCAGGGGUCAGGAGGAGCAGAGGUCAGGAGGAGCAGGGGUCAGGAGGAGCUGGAGGAGCAGGAGUCAGGAGGAGCAGGGGUCAGGAGGAGCUGGAGGAACAGGAGUCAGGAGGAGCAGGGGUCAGGAGGAGCAGGGGUCAGGAGGAGCAGAGGUCAGGAGGAGCAGGGGUCAGGAGGAGCAGAGGUCAGGAGGAGCAGGGGUCAGGAGGAGCAGGGGUCAGGAGGAGCUGGAGGAGCAGGAGUCAGGAGGAGCAGGGGUCAGGAGGAGCAGGGGUCAAGAGGAGCUAGAGGAACAGGAGUCAGGAGGAGCAGGGGUCAGGAGGAGCAGAGGUCAGGAGGAGCAGGGGUCAGGAGGAGCAGGGGUCAAGAGGAGCUGGAGGAACAGGAGUCAGGAGGAGCAGGGGUCAGGAGGAGCAGAGGUCAGGAGGAGCAGAGGUCAGGAGGAGCAGGGGUCAGGAGGAGCUGGAGGAGCAGGAGUCAGGAGGAGCAGGGGUCAGGAGGAGCAGGGGUCAAGAGGAGCUGGAGGAACAGGAGUCAGGAGGAGCAGGGGUCAGGAGGAGCAGAGGUCAGGAGGAGCAGGGGUCAGGAGGAGCUGGAGGAGCAGGGAUCAGGAGGAGCAGGGGUCAGGAGGAGCAGGGGUCAGGAGGAGCAGGGGUCAGGAGGAGCUGGAGGAGCAGGGAGCAGGAGGAGCAGGGGUCAGGAGGAGCAGAGGUCAGGAGGAGCAGAGGUCAGGAGGAGCAGGGGUCAGGAGGAGCAGAGGUCAGGAGGAGCAGAGGUCAGGAGGAGCAGGGGUCAGGAGGAGCUGGAGGAGCAGGAGUCAGGAGGAGCAGGGGUCAGGAGGAGCAGGGGUCAAGAGGAGCUGGAGGAACAGGAGUCAGGAGGAGCAGGGGUCAGGAGGAGCAGAGGUCAGGAGGAGCAGGGGUCAGGAGGAGCUGGAGGAGCAGGAGUCAGGAGGAGCAGGGGUCAGGAGGAGCAGGGGUCAAGAGGAGCUGGAGGAACAGGAGUCAGGAGGAGCAGGGGUCAGGAGGAGCAGAGGUCAGGAGGAGCAGGGGUCAGGAGGAGCUGGAGGAGCAGGGGUCAGGAGGAGCAGGGGUCAGGAGGAGCAGGGGUCAGGAGGAGCAGGGGUCAGGAGGAGCUGGAGGAGCAGGGAGCAGGAGGAGCAGGGGUCAGGAGGAGCAGAGGUCAGGAGGAGCAGAGGUCAGGAGGAGCAGGGGUCAGGAGGAGCUGGAGGAGCAGGAGUCAGGAGGAGCAGGGGUCAGGAGGAGCAGAGGUCAGGAGGAGCAGAGGUCAGGAGGAGCAGGGGUCAGGAGGAGCUGGAGGAGCAGGAGUCAGGAGGAGCAGGGGUCAGGAGGAGCAGGGGUCAAGAGGAGCUGGAGGAACAGGAGUCAGGAGGAGCAGGGGUCAGGAGGAGCAGAGGUCAGGAGGAGCAGGGGUCAGGAGGAGCAGAGGUCAGGAGGAGCAGAGGUCAGGAGGAGCAGGGGUCAGGAGGAGCUGGAGGAGCAGGGGUCAGGAGGAGCAGGGGUCAGGAGGAGCUGGAGGAGCAGGGAGCAGGAGGAGCAGGGGUCAGGAGGAGCAGGGGUCAGAAGGAGCAGAGGUCAGGAGGGGCUGCCGUUGGUGUCGCUGGCCCCCGUCUCCAGCUCUGA